AUGACGGCCGCCACUGGUACAGCUAUCGUAUCGCCAACCAUUGAGUCUACUACCAUUCGAGGGAAGCCCCAGUCGCGGAUGGCUUCGACCUGGCACCUUCGACCCCGCUCAGAAUGGAACUUCUUCCAGCGCACGUUGGUGGACAUGCAUGCGCAAGCCUUAAGCAACACCGCUGAUGAGAGUACGACUAAAGGCGAUGGAGCAAGUGCCUUAAGUACGGGAAGCUCAGGAGAUGGGCCGACCGCAUUAGCAGGAGAGGCACCUGGUGCGAAGGCUGAGUUUCCACCAGUAUUCGAGCACUCAGACCCUGUGCCAGUCUACUCAGUUCUGUCGCAGCAUCGGUGGGUCUUUCCCCGAGCGAUCGCACCUCUGCUGGCCAAUUGGCUCUUCAGCAGGGGCACGGGUAAAUGCCUGCCCAACUGGCUUGCCGGCGGAAUGUACCUUAUCUACUUCCUUUGGUACGGCUCGGAUCUAUUUGGACAUCUGCAACGCAUGACGCAUGCCUACGGCUUCUUUGACGGGCACAAGCCUCGCGAUGGCAUCCCUGACAUUGAAGUGGCCCACGUCACGCUCAGCCUUCUAGCAGUCAUCGCUCUGCGAGUGACGUUUGCUUUCUCUAUGCUCUACGGGCAGACGGCGGAACAGCAGGCCACGAUGCUCAACUGGAAGUGGGCGGCGAUGUUGCCCUUGAAUGCCUUCGUGUACGCGUGCGCGAUCGACUUCUGGUUCUACUGGUAUCACCGUCUCAUGCACGAGGUACCUUUUCUAUGGCAAUUUCACCGCAAGCACCAUACCACAAAGCAUCCUAUAGCCGCCUUAGGCUCUUUCGCCGACAUCGAGCAAGAGCUCUUUGAUAUGCUCUUGAUCCCUCUGGCUGCGUAUCUCGUGUGGCCAAUCGAUUUCCCGACAUGGUGGGUGUCGACCACCUAUACGCUGUACAUCGAGGCGGCAGGUCAUUCGGGAUUGCGAGCUCACUUCUCGAACCCAGUCACGUCACCCUAUCUUGGUUGGAUCGGCUGCGCCCUCGUCAUCGAGGACCAUGACCUUCACCACCGCAAAGGGUGGAAGCGUGCCACCAACUAUGGAAAACAGACCCUUCUAUGGGAUACACUGUUUGGGUCAAAGGGCGAGAGGAUCGAGGGAGUAGAGGGGAACGUAGAUUGGAAUCAGAGGCUCAAGCUCUUGUGA